CACAGUUUUCUCUCAGCGGUUUCGAAUAGGCGCACGGAGGAACGUCAUCCACACGAAAAGAGGCCGUCCGCUUAUUUAUCUUUUUAUAACAUAUUUAACACACUCCGCUCUGAACCUUUACGAUGAGUUCGAUCAACGUGAAGAAACUUAAAGUUAACGAACUGAAGGAUGAGCUGAAGAAGCGUAAUCUCUCCGACAAAGGGCUGAAGGCCGAGUUGAUGGACCGCCUGCAGGCCGCGUUGGACCAAGAGGCCCUCAGCGACUCCCCGGCCCCGGACGAAGGCUUUGCCCAGACCGAGCCGGACCAGGAGGGGAUGGGAGAGGAAGAGGAGGGCGACGAGGCACUGGAAGAAAACAUGGAGGCGAAUGAAGAGGAGCAAGAAGAGGAAGCUGAGAAUGGAGGCGACGGUGCUGCGGAUGAGGAGAUGGGUGAGGAGGAAGAGGAGAUGGACCCCGCGGUGAAGACUGAGGAGGAAGAAGAAGAGAAAACAGACGCUUUGGAGGGUGAGCCAGAAGACCAAGGAGAAGGGGAUGCGGACAAAGACACGAAUGCUGAUCAGAAGAAUAAGAAGGGUGUUAAGAGACGCCGGGAGGAACAUGGAAGGGGCUACUUUGAAUUUAUUGAAGAAAACAAAUACAGCUGGGCUUCGUUCAAGUCCCCGGUCCCCCCUCUGGAGGAAGAGGAUGAAGAGAUUGAUGACACUAAAGUGUGUUUGGACACCUACAACUGUGACCUGCACUUCAAAGUUUCCAGAGAUCGCUACAGCGCCUCCUCUCUCACCAUGGAGAGCUUUGCUUACCUCUGGGCUGGGGGUAAAGCCACUUACGGCGUGGACAAAGGAAAAGUGUGCUUUGAGAUGAAGGUCACUGAGAAGAUCCCAGUGAAGCAUGUUUCCAGUAAAAAUAUGGAAAUUCAUGAUGUGCAGGUUGGCUGGUCCCAUGCAACUGGCACACUGCUGCUCGGUGAGGAGGAGCACUCUUAUGCUUACUCCGGGAAAGGCAAGAAGACCACCAACUGUGUGACUGAGGACUAUGGAGAAACCUAUGAUGAGAAUGAUGUCAUCUGCUGCAUGAUUGAUUUUGAAGGUUCAGAGUUGGUUAUCUCCUAUUCCAAAAAUGGAGGAGAGCCAAGUGUUGCGUUCACAGUCCCUAAAGACAGUCUGGAUGGAAAGGCCCUUUUCCCUCAUGUCAUCUGCCACAACUGUGCUGUAGAGUUUAAUUUUGGCCAAAUGGAGACUCCGUACUUCCCUCAGCCAGAGGGUUACACCUUCAUGCAGCAGGUUCCUGUGAGCCAGAGAGUACGCGGGCUUAAGGGACCCCAGACUAAGCCUGACUGUGAGAUAAUUGUAAUGGUUGGCCUGCCUGGCUCUGGAAAAACCACCUGGGUGAAAAACCAUGUUCAGGAGAAUCCUGGCAAAUUCUACAUCCUGGGCAGUGACACUAUUGUGGAGAAAAUGAUGCUCAACAGUCUGAAACGCCAGUCCAAAGAUAUCUCUAAGCUGGUUGGGAUUUCUCAGCGUGCACCACUCUUUCUCGGGAAGUUCAUUGAGAUUGCUGCUCGCAAGAAAAGAAAUUACAUCUUAGAUCAUACCAACUUGUCAGGCCCGGGUCAGAAGAGGAAGAUGUGUUUGUUCGCUGGUUUCCAGAAGAAGGCUGUGGUGGUGUGUCCCUCAGAUGAGGACUACAAGCAAAGGGUGCAGAAGAAAGUGGAGCUCGAUGGCAAAGAAGUGCCAGAGCAUGCUAUGCUAAAAAUGAAAGGGUUCUUCUCAUUGCCAGAAGAGGGUGAUAGUUUCAGUGAAGUAAUCUUUGCUGAGCUGCCAAAGGAGGAGACUACAAAGCUGCUGGAACAAUACAAAGAGGAAGCCAAGAAUGUCCUGCCCGCGGAGAAGAAGCCCAACCAGGGCAGCACCAUGCCAAAGAGAGGGGGCGGCCAACGUGGAGGAAGGGGCAAGAACCAGUUUGGACGUGGUGGGCCGGGACCGAGAGGAGGUGGGCGCGGAGGCUUCCAGAACAGAGGGGGCUUCAGAGGCCUUCCUGGUCCUCGCGGUGGUUUUAGUCGCCCUCCUCGUGGCUUCCUACCGCCCCCUGUCUUCCGCGGAGGCUUCCCAAGCCGUGGAAACUUCUCCCGAGGCGGAGGUCCUAUGCACAUGGGCGGCUCUCCCAGGGGUGGUCCUAUGAGGGGCGGUAUGGGCCUCAGAGGUGGUCCCAUGAACAGAGGAGGGCCCAUGAACCGAGGCAACAUGGGCAGAGGAGGACCCAGCAUGAACCGUGGGGGCAACAGGGGGCAUCCUGGAGGGUUUCAGCAGAGAGGGGGCGGUGGUAACCGCGGCAACUUCGGCAACAAAAAUGGAAACUUUGGUGGAAACCGGAACAGUGGGAACAGGAAUGGCAUGGACAAGGCUCAGGCGUUCAACCAGAGCUGGCAACAAGGGUUCUGGAACCAGAAGCCUUGGAGUCAGCAGUACCAGCCUGGAUAUUAUUAGGACUUUGUUCAGACGGACUGGUGGCUAAAAGUGACACCCAUCUCUUGCCACGGAGCGCCCUCUAAAACCGCUUUUUAUUUACGUCCGAUCAAUUGAACACCCACCCAAAGCUGCAGACAUCUGGAACAUUCCACGUCCGGAGACCAUUUAGCAACUUUCUACAAAUUCAUAGUGUGGGUGUGUCUCGUUGAGUCAUCAGAUUUUGUUGUAAAUUUUAUUGUUUUAUUUCACACCAAUUUAAUGACCUGCUUUUAAAACGCAAGAAGUCAGGAAAGUCCGGCUGUGUUUGGACAACAUUGAGCGAUGUUUUCAGGGUUAUGCGUUUUAACUGUGUUGUGAUACAUUUUUUGCUUUUUUUAUUAUGAAUUGUAAAUAUUGAUUUUUGAGUAGUUUGUAUGAAAACUUUAAAAAAUGAUUGAAAGGAAUGCUUCUAGAGAAAUCCAUAUUGGCGUAUUGUAUUAGACCCUUUUAUUGUCACAUAAAAUGGUUUCUUUUUCCUCUAUCUAGAACUGUAAACUUUAGCCCCACAAUAAACCUCUGGCUUUUUUA